AGCACAGGUCGAGCUGAAGUCGAUCAGUGUGUGGUCGAACAUGGCAGAAGUUAUAGUAGUUCGGACAGAGCUAUUGUCAGUCUUUGUCCUGUUGUCUAAGUUUAAUUGUUUGUGCAUGAAUUCUAUGUGAUAUACCAACGAAAAGAUAAGACACAGGUUAGUAGAAGGGUGGAAUUGUUUUUACGAUUCCUGUGACUGCAUUUCUCUACGGAUUGCGGCUCAGCUGCAAGCAAAUUAGAGCCUGAACUGAGAGGAAGUGGCCUAUUAGACAAUACGAGGUGGGGGGCUGGCCAAUGGCAGUAUGGCCUCGGUCAUGCAGAAGAAUGGUUUGAAGCCACUUGCUAAUGGUGGUUUAAUGCAGCAUGUUGAUAUGAACAAAGUGUGUGCUAAACAACAGCAACAACAGCAAAUGCAUUUCGGUGAAGAACAAGUUCAACAUGGAAUAGUGAAUGGACAACAAGUGCUCCUUCAACAUGGACAGUUUAUUGGCCAUGUUUUAAGUCAAGAGAACUCUCCUGUAGGAAUCAGUGAAAAUAGUGUUCCGAAUGAAAGUGAACAUGAUGGAAAGUUGGUGAUAGAUACAGAACAUAGUGCAGAAGUUCCCGAAGUUCAAUGUGUAGAUGAGGAAGAAAGUGAACCGGAAAUUGAUAUAGUGAUCAAUAAUGUAGUGUGCAGCUUUUCUGUUAAGUGUCAUUUGAAUCUCAGGCAAAUUGCACUCACAGGCUUCAAUGUAGAAUACCGACGAGAGAAUGGGAUGGUUACUAUGAAGCUGCGGAGACCAUACACUACUGCCUCUAUAUGGUCAUCUGGUAAAAUCACAUGCACAGGAUCAACCAGUGAAGAUCAAGCUAAAAUUGCCGCUAGAAGAUUUGCUCGAUGCCUUCAGAAACUAGGCUUCAAAGCAAGAUUCAGUAAUUUUCGUGUUGUCAAUGUUUUAGGAACAUGUUCCAUGCCUUUUGCUAUAAAAAUAACUGCAUUUUCUGAGCAGCAUAAAGAAGCUGACUAUGAACCAGAGCUACACCCUGGAGUCACUUACAAGCUAAAAAAGCCAAAGGCAACAUUGAAAAUUUUCUCAACUGGUAGUGUUACUGUAACAGCACCCAGUGUUGCUUCAGUUCAAGCAGCCAUAGAGUACAUCUUUCCUCUAGUCUAUGAAUUCCGCAAGGAACGAACAAAGGAAGAUAUCAUUGCUCUUAAACGAAAAUUGCGAGAGAGGCGAGCUAAGCGAGGGAUCAAAGACUUGGAAGAUGAUGAUGUUCUUCUUAAUCUAGGAGGUGAGGAAGAGGAAGAUGUAGAAGAAAUGGAGGAAGAUGAAGACUGGAACUGAGUUGUGGUUGUCAGGGAAUCAACAUGCUGAUGCCAAACAUCCUUUGUAUUUAAAUUGCCUCUCAGAAUUGUAGUAGUAAGUGCUUAAGAAAUUCUUUGUAAAGAUAUUGUGUACGUACCUCUAUUUCUUUUAGUACUGCUUUGUGAUUCAAGCAAUACACUCCAUCCAGCCCUAUGCAAGAACUGUACCUGAAGAUAUGUUGUUAAAGGCUGCUUCAAAGAGGUUUCUCAUAUGAAAAUUAUUUGCAAUAAGUCUUUACAAUUAACUUACAUUUCAUCUUUCUGAUCAUUUAUCACCCUGGUCAUUAAAAUUGAUCUGCUUGUACCUCAGUUUGAACUUGAGUUCUACAAAAGCCCAGACUGACUGAGAGGGUUUUGAUAAAUUGGUGCAGUUGCUUUGCCCAUUUAUCCAAAUAGUUCAUUCUGUAGUCUUUAUCAUUGAAGUUGGCACUAGUACCAUGUCAACUUGACUGUUUUUGUCCAUCUUAAUAUGCCGAACAAAGGUACUCCAAUAUUCUUGAGUUUUGUCCAGAUUGGGCCUAUGGAUUUGUUUUUUCCCUUGAGUCUUUUGAACACACUCAAUUAGAAUCAUUUUAUCAAUACUUUUUUCUCCCUUUAUUUUAUGUACUGCCAAAAGGGUAAUUGAUUUUGUUUUGAAAUAACCAGUGACCAUGUGAUUGAUCAACAUACAUCCUAGAUUAUUUCCAUUCAAAUGAGUUCAUAUAUUUCUGUAUCUAUAAAUCUUGGUGCUUUAAUGUUCACCUAAAACCUCUAUCAAGAAUUUUUAUUUGAAAUCCCAUGUAAAUGUGACCAAUUUGAUUUUGAGUGGCUCAAUUUUACAUGGAGUGAUGCUGAGAGAGAUGCUCUGCAAAAUUUUUCUCUCUGUUCCUGUAAUAAAUUUUAUGGUACCAUAUUUGAUAGUUAAUCUUUAUUUCUUGUUGGGCAAUGUACUAAGUUGCAACCAUUUUACAGAGAACUGGAAACUUAAAGCUCAUUUUUUGCAUUUUAGGGGGCUUAGUCUUUGUAUUGAUACAGUGAUGUUGAUGAUUCUUAGUCAUUGUUUCUGUUCUCAUAAGUUCUAUUGAUUAUUGAAUAUCUUAAUUAUAAGCUGUUGAUAAUAGUGCAGGAUGUAAAUCUAAUGCACUGAUUCUUUCAUCAUUACAAUAAUAAAUCUGAAGAUAUGUGAUAACAGACCAUACUCUGUUUUUCCUAAACUUUUAUCUUGCUGUCUAUCAGCUAAAGCAGAAAAAUGUUUGAUAUUGUUUUUUUCUGCUCCCCUUAAGUCUGGCUGAGGAGGGCUGAACAUUGUGUGGUCUAAUUUGAAAACUGUGUUGUUAAAUGAAAAUGUUGAGAGUACACAGGGCAUUAUUAUAGAUCACUUGUUACCUUUUUCAAGAUUGAAGUUAAUUUAUAUUUACUUCAAGAUUUAUGGGAAUUGUUUUAAACUUUUUCCUAAUCUGUCUUGGAUUUGAAAACUUGAUGAGUCUAGAAACUGUCAUGUGUACUCCAGAGCUGUACUUCUUUCAUUGUAUAAAUUGUAACGCUCCUUUUUUUACUUGCUGUAAUAGUCUUGAGUCAAAUUAGUUGGAGGAAUUGAAUCAAAUGAAUUUGCUCCCGUAUAUUCAUCUGCCUCAUGGGCUUACUUAGGUUGUAGCAUUAUGACAAUUCUUCAUUUAUUACAAAUCUGUCUCUAUGGCAAGACAAAUUGAUUUUCUGAAGCUUGCUUCCAGAUGUCUAAGCUUAUGAAAUUCCUUGAAAUUCUUUUCAUCAGGAGAGCUUACUCUUAAAUGUAAAUACCUCAGUUUUUUGUUCAUUUCUUGACCUUAAUCACUUCAUAUCAUUUGAGGAUAUACCUAAAUGUAAAUUAUUCUUUGGUCAGUAAGACAAACCUUGCUACUUUUUCAUGCAUUUUCAGAUAAUGCAAUUAAUAAGAAAAAGUGGAUUGUAAAGGCUGAAUUUUUUUGUAAUGUGUAAAUAAUAUUUUCCACUCAACACAGUAGACUGAUCAGCCUUGGCCCAUCUUAAUUUCAUUUGUCUUCAAUGUGACAUCAUGCUGUGUAAAUGUGCUUACAGCUAUGUAACAAGAUAUGCAUCACCUUUGGUGAUUUAUGAUAUCUUUAUUUACAAUUACAAACCCACAGCUUUCCGAAUGGUCAGGUACAUGCCAACAAGGUAGACUGCCUUUAUUUUUCUUUUUUUAUGUAACAUUAUCUCAUAAAGCCAUCCCACUGUACAAAUUUCACUCAUGUCUAUUCCUUUGCCCUCACUAUUCUGCAACUUUGCAAAUGCUCUCGUAGAAAUUAAGCCAAAGGUGCCAAUGGACCUAAUUAGGCUUCUGGCUCUCUUUCACCUCCAAUGUCACAAAUGUCCAAUGUUACUAUGGUAUGUUAUUGUUAUUUUGUUUGCUUUGUGUGUUCUAUUUUAAUACUAUGUAUAUUUUGACAGCUCUCCCAAAAUUUCUAGUUCUUGACAGCUGGUGGAAGCUCCGCUAAAUCCUCAUUCUCUUGUUGCAUUGUAUUGUGUUAUAUUCAAUUGUCGAGUCAAGGAUUACUGUUGUCCAUGAAUUUCAAUCAGUGUUAUGAGUUUGGGUGUGGUGUGGUGUUACCUUGAAGUGUCACAGCUAAAUGUGAACAUUGAGCUUGGCCUGGUUGAUUCUUAAUCAAAUCUGAAAUGAAUUGAUAACCAGCAUUAAAGUGAUUGGUUUUAAAUUAAUAGCUUUUGCGUUUAUGCAGGAAGAUAGUUUGGCUGUGUGCGAGAGAAGGCUGUGUCAGGAAUCUCGCGAGGUGAAAGCGUGACAUCGCUUGAAACAUAAUCGUCUACUUGACAUCUUAAGUCAAGAGGCUGUGUUCCUGAAUGUUACCAAAUUGUACGGAUGUUGGUUCACAUGAGGCAUCAGUGUUAAGUGGCCGUAGUGUAAGACUGCCUAAAGAAAUGUUCUUAGUUCAUGUGUGAAUGGUUGUAUGUCUGUUCAGGUGUGUGUGUGUUGGUGAGCAUGUGUGUGUGUUUGCUGUUUUUUUUCUGUUAGUGGCAUAAGUGUAGUCAUUCAGUGGGCGCCCUCAGCCACUUUCAUCAGUGAAACAAAAUUUAUAGACUAAAGCCUACAUUAUCAACAUGUUCGUAAUUUUUGGGAAAUGCCAUGAGAACUACUAAGCCACUGUUUAUUUUCAUAUCUCUUUGUUAACUAUUAUUUUCGUUAUCUGUUAUUUAUCUGAAUCUGGGUUUUGAAAGAUAAUUAAUGGCAUCACAGACUAGUAGAAAUUCCCAGGCAUAAAUGUACCACCAACCAGUGCUUCUCCUUUAACAUGUUUUCUUUUCCAACGUUUGAAUGAUAGUGAAUGAUAUGAUGGAUCCUUGUAUGUCUCAAUUUCAACUAGACCAAACAAAUUACCCAACUAAAAAUAUGUUCUUGAAAAAUGAUUAUAAUGAUAUUAUCAUCCAUCCCAUGUUAUGCAAUAGCUUUUUAAACAUGUGGAAUCUUUGGUCUUCAAAUAUUUAUUAGGUAAAAGGAGCGUCUUGAGAUGCUCAGGAAAUGACCUCUUACAGCUUUCCUGAUGAUCACAAGCCGCUUCUGUACUUUCUUUAAAAACAAAAAUAUUUAUCUAGGACAAGUUGACCAAUGUAAGUGCCAAGAGCAGGUUGUUGGUACAGGAAAUGCACUUGAUUGUAAGAUAAGCCCAUGUAUAAUUUUUAAAUUUGUACACUUCAAUGUCAAAAUAAAUUUUGUAAACAAGUUAA